CCCCAUAUCCCUUCUCUCCUUCCCUCCCUCCCUCCCUUAUCCUCACUCCUUUCCUCCUCCUUCAACUCCUUAGAAUGUCUACUUCUUGCUCAACCUCCCUUCUUAAACCCCUCUUCCUUCCAACCAUUUCCUCCCUCCUCCCUCCCAAAACCCCUUUCCUCUCUCUCCCCUCCAAACCCCUCCUUCACCUCCUCCCUCCCCUUUCCCUCAAAAAGAGAUACACCCAAAAACUCACCCCCUUUGUUACCCAGACCUCUGAUUGGGCCCAGCAAGGAGACAGUCAACUCACCACUGAUCAAGAAGCAGCAGGAUGGGAAGGCGAAGGUGAGAGCGAUGGCGAAGGAGGUGUUGUUGUUGCUGAAGGGGAGGAUGCUUUUGUGGAGGGAGAGGGAGGGGAUGAGGUUGGAGUAGAGGAGGUGGAAGGAGGAGAGGAGGAGGAGGAGAGCUAUCCUGAGCCGCCGGAGGAUGCAAAGUUGUUUGUGGGGAAUUUGCCUUAUGAUGUUGAUAGUCAGAGGCUGGCCGAGUUAUUUGAGAAGGCUGGGAUUGUUGAGGUUGCAGAGGUUAUCUAUAACAGAGAAACAGAUCAGAGUCGUGGUUUUGGGUUUGUGACCAUGAGUACUGUUGAGGAAGCAGAGAAAGCUGUUGAUAUGUUCCACCGUUACGAUGUCAAUGGUAGACUUCUGACUGUAAAUAAGGCAGCUCCUAGAGGGGCCCGCCCAGAGAGACCACCCCGAGAAUUUGAGCCUUCUUUCAGGGUUUAUGUUGGGAAUUUGCCAUGGCAAGUGGAUGAUGGUCGCCUAGAACAAGUCUUCAGUGAACAUGGUAAAGUGUUGAAUGCAAGGGUUGUUUAUGACAGAGAGACCGGUCGUUCUCGUGGGUUUGGUUUCGUUUCAAUGGCCACACAAACCGAACUGGAUGAUGCAAUUGCUGCUCUUGAUGGCCAGGAUUUGGAUGGUCGGGCCCUUAGAGUGAAUGUUGCUGAGGAAAGACCCCGACGGGCAUCCUUUUGAUUCAGAUGAAAGAAACAUUUCUGAAUCUUGUAAGUCAGUUAACGAUCGAAGGGGUUUGUCAUGAUUCCAUUUAAUUUUGUACUUGUGCUAUAUGGGGAUUUUUUGUUGAAUUUUGGUCAUGUAGUUCUUAAUUCUUGUUUACUCAAUAUCUCUUGUGCAUGGUCAACUGUAUGAUAACAUUCUUAGGUAUCUUGAUUUGGUCUGAGUUCAUUCUUAUUUGUACA